AUGCCGCAAUUCAAGACAAGCAGCAUCACGAGCAUCCCUGCGUCAGCCGAAGACGAGUCACCACAGGUGCCUCGUCCAUCGCGACGAGUCUCCGUUCCCGAUUCCGUUGAUGAGAGCGUUCAGCAGGCUCGAGGAGCAGUGAGGAGGGCGAUGGAAGCAGGCCAUCAACGCUUGAUGCUGGACCUGCUCUUGCCGCUCAUCGGCCCUUCACUCCUGGACGACUGGCCAGGAGGCAUUCAGCAGCAGCUGCAGGCGGCCAUUCCUCUGGUGGAAUCGCUGCUGACAGGGCUGGUGGACGGUGGGGAGUUGUACACGCGGCGGGUGAUAGAUGAGGAUGAGGCAGUGGUGGCGUGGGAGAGCAAAACGGUUGCACUUGUGCUCUUCCCAACAGCCGAGCGCCUGCCAGCUGUGAUGGAGCUGGCCAAUAGUGAGCCUGGACGCACGCUGCUGCUUAUGAAUCCUCAGUGGCAGCCAGGCCAGGUGGUCUCAGAUUUUGGAUUUGGAAGCAAGCGCAAGCAGGCAGAAGAGUUUCUAGACACCUUCCUUACUGCCUACAGUCUGAAGCGCAACCGCAUUCGCUCCUACGACGUCACUAUCGUCAAGUGCUUCCCGGGCGAUUGGCAGGUCUACAUGUCUGGUGACAGUGAUAGUGGAUCGGAUAGCUCUUUCCCAACAUAUGAGAUGAUUGGGACUGUGGAGAAUCGGCCAGGUUAUCGUGACCUUGAAGCGAUGGUGCAAAAAAAGAGCAGUCAAGGGAGCGACUCAGGUGGCUGGUUCGGGCGCAUCGCCAAGGAGAUUGAGUUUCUGAAGCGUUCCAAGUGA